AUGGGAGUGUUGUGGUUUUUGUUUGUGAUACUAGCAGCUGGGAAAGCGCUGGAGUUAACAAAUGAACAGUAUCAUCAGAUGCCACAGCUGUUUCAGCUGGACGACUACGAGAGGUGCCUUGCGAAUCGACGUGGUGCCUUCUGCCUGGGUAGCUUCAACCUUGUAGCACCGCCUUAUAAUCACUUGUUUGAUAUUAUACUGAAAUUCUCUGAAGCACGCUAUAACUUCAAUCACACACGUAUCCACCGGGGCUACUGCGUUUCAUCAAGAUGUUCAGACAUCGACGAGGUUUCUCUAAACAGAAAGUUCGUGAAGUGCGUCAAAAAUAUUACCCAAACGCAUUAUGGCUUCGAUGCAAAACUUUCAACCCUCGACUACUGCAAGACAAGUAAAACACCGCCAUCGAGACCAAUCGACGGUCUUGACAUAGCGUUCAUUUAUUUCUGCGGAGUUAUACUGUUAAUGAAUGUGAUUGGAACUAUUUACGACUUCACACGCAACCCUGACCACAAACCGAACCGGUGUUUAUUAACUUGGUCUUUAGCUGAGAGCUGGAAACGACUGACAAAUCCGUAUGAAAAUGGAGACCCUAGGCUUACGUCUUUGAAUCCUAUCAAUGGAAUGAAAGCGAUAUCUAUGUAUCUCGUUAUGCUGGCACAUACUCUCAUCGCAUACAACAUGUCAUAUCUUCAAAAUCCUCAGUUCCUGGAGCAAGCAAGUCAACACCCGCUAAGCAUGCUGCUUCACAACGGGUCUGUGAUCGUACAGACUUUUAUAUUGCUGUCCAGUUUCCUUCUCGCCUAUAACCAGUUGAUCGACAGUGAAAAAGACCCAAAGAAGCUUAGCCUUCGCGAACUACCACGUAUUUUCUUUAAUCGUAUUGCAAGAAUCACGCCAUUGAAUGUUUUUAUGGUUGGCUUAACGGCAACUUGGUGGCGACACAUGAGCGACGGCCCUCUAUGGAUACCAUUCAUCGAGAAGGAGUGUGCACAAUGCAGGGAUAAGUGGUGGGCGCAAUUCCUGUAUAUCAACAACUUUAUUGAACCAGACAAAAAGUGCCUGAUACAGACAUGGUUUCUCGCGGUGGACAUGCAACUUUAUUUAUUGGCGGGCUUUCUGACUCUCACCUUGGGCCGGUCACCACGCAGAGCUGUGAAGGUCCUAAGCUGCCUUCUCGUUUGCGCGAUCAUUGCAAAUUUCAUUAUCGCCUACAACUGGAACUUAAAGGCGAUACUCUUCUACACCAACCCCGAACUGAUCCGAAACCAGUUCGCUGGUGAGCCCUCUUUCAACUUCAUGUAUACGGCUCCAUGGGGAAGCUUACCUUCCUCACUGAUCGGACUCAUUGCAGCCAUCCUUCUUUAUUAUAGGCAACAGGUCAAUUUCAAGCCCGAAGAGAGUUUGAUCUUCCGUAUCCUGUAUCGAUGCUCCGUACCAUCCAUAUUUAUUUGGAUCCUAUCAGGAUACUUUGUAAAGGACAUCAGUUCACCGAUAGGAAUUGCUGCGUACACUGCACUCGAACGACCAGUGUUCUGCCUUAUUAUUGUCGUAGCUAUGCUCGGAUUUAUUAAUAAAGUUGAUAGUCUAUGGUGGCAGUUUCUAUCGUGGAAUGGCUGGCGACCACUCAGUCGCAUGUCGUUACCCAUUCUGCUCGUGCAUUGGAGCUAUAAUCUUACACAAAUUGCUGUGAAAACGAAUCUCUCACGAAGCUCUAUAUUAGAACACGGUGGACACUGGCUCGUGACUAUAUUCAUGACUUAUGUAACAUCCUUGCCGCUGCAUCUUCUCAUCGAGUUGCCCAUGACGCAGUUCUUCAAGGCGCUGUUUUCUUAA